AUGGGAGAAAUGGUUGACUUAAAUUCAUCGCCAGGUUUGACGCAGGAUAGCCGCAUGCUGAUCCUACCAUAUGAGAUUCUCUUGCUUGUCGCAGAAUUACUUCCGCUUCGCUCGUGGAAUGCUCUUGCGCGGACAUGCAGACAUCUCUACAAUGCCUUCAUGCCAUCGUUGCAUUCCAUCACCGUCAGUACCAAGAACGGCCAAGAUGAUGUCCUCAAAUGGGCGGCAAGAAAGGGCAGCCUUGCCACUAUUCACCGGCUCACGGAUUACGCACCCAAGGGCUACUUCAAUUGCGUUUAUAGGGAGGCUGCCCUCCAUAAGGCUGCAUGUACCGGACAGACAGAGAUCAUUCGUUGGUUACUGGACUCUGGCAUCGACCCCUAUUGUACACAAAUCAGAAGCGAUAACUUAAAGUCAUGGGGUUAUAUCUAUGGAGACACACCGUUGGAAAGUGCUGUGAUUGAAUUUGAGCAGGGGAAGCAGACAGCCUUGCUCGAGUCAAUUCUUCGCCGAGGCAUAGCCGUGGACCAAAGAGAUAGCCUCGGGCGAACGGCAAUGUUUCAAGCUGUAAUAAAUAAGCACAUACCGGGUGUGAUACUCCUAUUGGGGUUUGGAGCUGAUAUCAAUGCGACUGACGCGCACCAGGUCACACCUCUUGAUAUUGCGGCAGAUAUGGGACAGGAAGCGGUUGUUGAGCUUUUGCUACAAAGAGGAGCUCGCGUGGACAUGACGGCGCAUGGAGGUCAGACGUCUCUGCAUGUUGCCAUAUCGGCCAAUUCGAUCAUGGCCGUCUCUCUUCUGAUCAAGAUGGCGCGAAUUGCUCUAGAUCUAUCGCUAAGCGACUGGAUUAAAGCCGGAAUUUUGAAGCUCCUUCUCGAUGCCGGAGCGGAUUUCACAGUCCCAAACAUCCAUGGUAACACACCCGUAAAGCGGCCAUGGAGGAGUAGGGCCAAAGAGAAAGUACGGCUGCUCUUGGGCGCAAUACAAGCAAGAGAAGCCGCCUUCGACUUACCAGAAUCACCUACUACCUUGCUACAUGCUGCCAUUUUCGCACAACAUGAUCUCGCAUACCGGCUCUUGGCCCAAGGAGCAGACGUUAAUCAACGGGACAGGGACACAGGGUGGACGGCAUUGAUGGAGGCGGCGCAGCAAGAACAAGACGGCCUUUUCGAUUUGGUGCUGCAAAAGAGUCUCGACAUCAAUGCAAAAGACGCUUGGGGACGGACAGCACUCUCAUUUGCGGCUGAGCACGGCAGCGAAUACGUGGUAUUGCUCCUUCUUAGACAGACAAAGGGCGUGGAUCUUGCUGAUGAUAGUCUUCGGUGCGCGGUGACGUCUGCGGUUGCCUUUGGUGAUGCAGAAUUCCUGGAGUCGAUACAUGAGAAGGGCAAAAUUGACCGACCCGAUCCGUAUGGUCAUAUGGCACUUCGUUGCGCAGCAAGAAUGGGAAACUUGCCUGUCGUAAAGUGGCUGCUUAACCAGCUGCGAACGCCCCUUAUGCUGGCGGUAUACAGACGUAAUGGUGCACAGUUGUUAAGCAACUACUGGAGAACGGAGCCAGGCUUGACGCCCGAGAUGUGGACCAUGCGACUGUCCUUCAUUGGGCCUUACCACGUUGGAUCAACCGUCACUUGGGUUUCCAAAUUCGAUGCUAGAUUGGUAACUCACCCCAAAUGCGGGCACCCUGUCAACUCGAACAUUGUGAAAAUGCUUGUCGAAGCAGGUGCUGAUUUGGAAGCGAAGAACGCAAUGGACGGGACUCCCCUGACUUGCGCUGCCAUCAAUGGAUCUGAAUCAGCUAUUUCGCCUGCUUCUCGAGAAAGGAGCAAUGUCGAAUCACGCAACAAGUCGGGGCUUGUUCCCUUGCUAUUGGCGGCUUCGAAGGGUCAUACGGCAGUGGCCUGUCUUCUGUUGGAGUACGGGGCAAGUAUUGACUCCGUCAAUGCAGAUGGCGACACAGCGUUGAUGCUUGCCGCGCAUAAUGGCCACCACGAAACGAUUCUAAGUGUUCUGAAAAGGUCUGCCCAAUUAGACCGUGUCAAUUACGCCCACCGGACCGCUUUGUCAUGGGCUGCAGAGGAAGGCCGUGACAAGGCUGUCGAGAUCUUGCUGUGCCAAACCCCGCUUCUUUGGGCCUUACAAAAUGAACAUGAGCGAUGUGUUGACCUCCUUGUCCAAGGAUUCGCUAAUGUUACGAAAGGGAACAUUGAGGGCCGAACACCGCUCGGGUGGGCAUUGAGGGACGGGAAAAGCUCACAGAAGGGUCGUGAUGCGCAUAUUCGAAUACUCUAUGACCGCCAUCCGGCUUCAAGCUCACUGCUGUCCACUAAGCAUGCACGCCUCUGAGGAUAACAUGACCAGCGACCUGCAUCGAUAAAGGUAACACCCGACUGAAGUCCGGAAUCAUGCGUCCUGAGAGUGAAACCGUUGGUCGAGGGCGGGUGACUGCAGGCAUCACAUUAGAACUGCAUAUGUUGACUCUACCAUGCGACCGGGGGUAGGAUAUCCGAUAUCCUUUUAUUAUCAGCGGUACCUGACC